AUGGCUGCUACCGGAACGUUCCGUAUGGUGUCGGAGGAGGAGCAGGCCAUGAGGUCCAAGCUGGAGCAUCUGACUGUGAAGGACCACGGGCCUGUGUUUGGACCCUGUCCCAAACUGCCUGUACACACAAUACAGAAGGCGAAGGAUGAACUCAACGAGACGGAGGAAAGGCGAGUGUCAUCUCUGAAGGAGCUUAGGGCCAUGAUGAAAGAAAAGGCGAGAGAUGGGGAUGACCUGGCUAAGACGGUGCAGGAGCGCUUCGGGGACAAACCCGACUCCCUGCUGCUGCGCUUCAUCAGAGCCCGCAAGUUUGACGUGGCCAGAGCCCACGAGCUCCUGAAGGGUUAUGUGCGCUUUAGGAGGGACUACCCUGAGCUGUUUGAGAACCUGACCCCCGAGGCGGUCCGCAGCACCAUUGAGGCAGGCUACCCUGUGGUCCUGCCCAGCAGGGACAAGUACGGCCGUGUAGUGCUCCUCUUCAACAUCGAGAACUGGGACCUGGAGGAGGUCACCUUUGAUGAGACCCUGCGAGCAUACUGUGUGAUCCUGGAGAAGUUGUUGGAGAAUGAGGAGACCCAGAUCAAUGGUUUUGUACUGAUUGAGAACUUUAAGGGUUUCACCAUGCAGCACGCCUCUGGCAUCAAACCCACUGAGCUCAAGAAGAUGGUGGACAUGAUGCAGGACUCAUUCCCGGCCCGUUUUAAGGCAAUCCAUGUGACUCACCAGCCCUGGUACUUCACCACCACUUACAACGUGGUCAAACCAUUCAUGAAGAGCAAGCUGCUGGAGAGGGUCUUUGUUCACGGUGAUGAGUUGGAUGGCUACCUGAAUGAUUUUGACGCUGACAUCCUGCCUGCAGACUUCGAUGGGAAAGCCCCCCUCACUGACUGCAAGGCCAUCGCUACCAAACUGUUUGGGUCCGAGGACACAGCGCUCUAA